GACCAGCAAGGUAGAGAGCAGGGCGGCGUUCGCCUGCACACACAGCCGACCACAGCCGCGUCAGUGUCAUCAUCACUGGGGACGAUGCGGGUGUCUAUCGGAGUUUAAGCUGAUGCUCAUACAGUGGAUAUACGUUCGCUUCACGGAGAAGCCGUUUUUGGACUACGUGGGAAGUUGCUCGCUUCUCUUAUGGAGGAGAAUCGUUCACGGAUGAUGCCUCCGCUCUGGUAGAGCCGUGUUUUUUCAUCUACAUUCGGUUCAGUCUGAAGGUGCACAAUGUCUAAGAGGAACAGCGCGGUGCUGAUGAGACCGAGGUCCAUGUCGGUAGGUAAGAAAUCAGAAGCCGUUAAGGUUGUGGUGCGGUGCCGCCCUGUAAACAAGAAAGAAGAGGCGAUGAGUCACGAGAAAAUAGUGGAAGUGGACGUGAAAUUGGGACAGGUAAGCAUACACAACCCCAAAGGGCCGGGAACUCUGGUGAAAACGUUCACGUUUGACGCCGUCUACGACACGGCAUCAAAACAAAGUGACCUGUACGAUUAUUCGUGUAAACCCCUGAUUGACUCAGUCUUGCUCGGCUUCAAUGGAACUAUAUUUGCCUAUGGUCAAACUGGCACUGGGAAGACAUACACCAUGCAGGGUCUGCCCACAGAUCCGGAGAAACGAGGAGUCAUUCCAAAUUCCUUCCAGCACAUUUUCACUCACAUAUCCAGAUCUCAGAAUCAGCAGUACUUGGUGAGGGUGUCUUAUCUGGAGAUAUACCAGGAUGAAAUAAGGGACCUCCUUUGUAAGGACAACAAUAAAAAGCUGGAGCUUAAGGAAAACCCAGAGCAAGGCGUGUACGUCAAAGACCUCUCUUCAGUGGUGACCAAAAACAUCAAAGAAAUUGAGCAUGUGAUGAAUCUGGGGAAUCAGUCCAGGUCUGUUGGAUUCACUAAAAUGAAUGAGCGCAGUUCACGGUCACAUGCCGUUUUUGUUAUAACCAUCGAAUGCAGUGAGAUGGGCAUUGAUGGAGAGGAACACAUUCGUGUGGGCAAGCUGAACAUGGUGGACCUGGCAGGCAGCGAACGUCAAAGCAAGACAGGUGUCCAGGGCCUGAGGUUCAAAGAGGCCGCCAAAAUAAACUUGUCCCUCUGCGCUCUCGGAAAUGUCAUAUCAGCCUUGGUGGAUGGGAAAAACUCCCACAUCCCGUACAGGGAUUCCAAACUCACACGCCUACUGCAGGACUCUUUGGGAGGGAACUCCAAAACAGUCAUGGUGGCUACAAUAGGGCCCACCUCAUGCCACUAUGAGGAGACCCUCACCACCCUGAGAUUCGCAAACAGGGCAAAGAACAUCAGGAACAGGCCAAAGAUCAACGAGGACCCCAAAGAUGCUUUGCUGCGAGAGUUUCAAGAAGAGAUAGCCCGCCUGAAGGCCCAGCUGGAGGAAAGAGGGAUGCUGGCGAAAGAAAGGAGGAGGCGGAGGAAUAGUAUGAGGAUGAAGAGGAGCAUGAGCAGUGGGGAGGUGGAGACACCCAGAAACCGUGAGGUGGACGUUGUUGAGAUGGUGCAGGAAGAGAGUGCUGAGGAAUACUGGUGGAAGCAGCAGGUGGGGCAGAUGGCCAAGACCGCUGCCAACGACAGCCCGGAGGUUAGGAGGAAAUUAGGCAUGGUGGAUGAGAAGGCAAAGACUAUGGAGGAAUUACUGAAGGAGCAGCAGACUAUGGAAAUCAUGAUUGAAAAAUACAAGGCCUUGGAGAGUAAGCUGCUGAUUGGAGGAAAGAACAUCAUCGACCACACCAACGAGCAACAGAGAAUGCUGGAGCUGAAGAGACAGGAGAUUGCAGAGCAGGAGAGGCAGGAGAGGGAGAUGCAGCAGCUGAUGUUUGAGCAGGAUGAAGAAACGGUGGAACUGAAAGAAACUUUCUCUUCUCUACAGCAGGAGGUGGAGCUUAAGACCAAAAAGCUAAAGAAGCUGUAUAGCAAACUGCAGUUGGUGAGAGCUGAGAUAGGAGACAUCGAUGAUGAACAUGUGACAACAAGACAGGAACUGGAGCAGACACUGAAUGAGCUGACAAGAGAGAUGAAAUUCAAGAAUCUCAUUAUUGACAAUUUUAUUCCUCCUGAGGACAAAAACAAGAUCUUAAACCGCCUCCACUAUGACAGUGAGGAGGACCAGUGGAAAGUCUUACCCCUACUCCCCUCUGAAAACAACUCUCCUCGUGUCAGACGAAGGCCAACUUCUGUAGCGGGAUACAAGAGACCGAUCAGCCAACAUGCGCAGGUUGCUGUGGCAACAGGAGCUCCUUCCAGAUACCGGGCAGAGAAUGUCAUGCUUUUGGAGCUGGAUAUGUCGCCACCAGUCAUGGUCCCCCUGGAUUUAGAAGGAGCAGAAAUGAGGACGCGAGACUUCCUUCGUGAUUUUAGCCACCACAGGAGGAGGACAACAGCAUCCCGUGUCAUGCGGGCCAGAUCGUGGUAUCAAGGACCAAGUCCACCUUCUACUUCAUCAACCAGCUCUGUGGCCUCUGGGUCUCAGUGCCCACCUUCUACCAUGGGAGCAUGCGCAGCCAUGCUCCAACCAUGAAGUAUUUUAAACACAGUGGUUUUGCCAUGCCGUAAAUGCAAAGCUUUAUCAACAGACUCAUUUGCUCUAUUCUUUUUUUCUGUGAGCUUUACUGCAAGAUCAUUCAGUUUUUACUUAUGCACACUAACUUUCUGUCAAAGCACACUUUUGAUCAACCACUCCAAGCACAGUUUUCUCCUGUUUACCUGGAACUUUGAUCUAAAUGUGUCAUGUAUAAUCCAGUAAUGUCACUCUUGAAUAAAAUCCAUGACAAAGAUAAAUGGUUAUAUUGCAUGACAAAA